AUGGCUCUCAAAAUUGACUUCAAGACUCUCGACUCUCGGAUCCAAUACCUCGCCCAGGAACUCCAAGACAUGAUCCUCGACUCUUUGCUAUCGAUGCCACUUCAAGCCAACACCGCCACCAUCAACGGCUCCUACAAACCCCCCCUCGCACUCCACCUGUCCCAGAACCUGCGCGCCGAAUUCGCCCCGAAAUUCUACGGAGGCGUCGCCUUCGACGUGGAAGCACCACUUGAACCCACGUGGGAAGGCGGCAUUGAGACGAAUAAUUUCAAGUUCUGGGUAGACGGCCUCGAUCCCGCGCAUCGUUCCCUUCUUAAGACUGUCAAAUUUACACUUUCAUACGCAGUUGGCCUGAGAGGUGAGGAACAUGUCAGCGCCGGCUACCUGCGCCACGAAUUGGAUUUCGGACCUCGAAUGUGUUGGUCUCCCGCCAAGAUUCGAAGGUGGAAAUUGCCCCAUGUGAUGAUCCUACUCAACUUCAUGGUACGCGCUGGGGAUGGGGUUAUGUGGGAAGAGAAGACUGUUGCUGUGAAGGGAGGGCAGGAUUUCGAUGAGGAUGAUCCGAAUGCUGUGCUGAUGAUGGAAACGGUGUCAACUCGUACGAUCGCGCAGGAUGUCGCGCAGGAGAUCGAGGAGGAUCUCAAGGAGAGAACGAAGCCUUCGAGGGCGAGGUGGGACGUGAUAUUCAAAAACWCAUAG